AUGUGUUCAAGAGAUUGUGGUGGUGUUGUUUUAGGAAGAUCGGUUCAAUACGGAGGACCAUCUUUGCUACGAAAACGUCGGAGUAACAGAAACUCUGAUAGAACAAACGAAGGAAAUGAUGGGGACCAAACCCGAAAUCAAAAUCAAAAUGGAAAGAGCAAUGAUGGACAAGGAGAAAACACCAAUGAAAGAAAAACAUCGGAGAAUAAUGGAGAACAUCAGACAGCCGAAAACACCGAUGAUACAAAUAGUGAAGCCAAUCACGUCGCAGUUGUGAAACAAGACAGUCUACCUGCAAUACCAGAAGGAGCGUUGGUCAGAGUUCUGGAGACGGUUCCUGUCACUGUGACCUACUUUGUGAAGAACGGCAGGACUGCUGUGAGGAUGUGUAUGUCCAAGACCAACCAUAUCAACAUCGACAAUGACAAGUUCAACAUCAACGGAACCGACUCUAUCAACGUCGACAGAAGCCAUAACAACAACAACAUCAGAAACACCAACAACAUCGACAGCAGCUACAACAUCAACAACAGAACAAACAGUAUCAACAUCGACAGAAGCCAUAACAACAACACCAUCAGAAACACCAGCAACAACAUCAACAGCGGCUGUAACAACAUCAACAGCACAAACAGUAACAACAUCGACAGAAACCAUAACAACAACAUCAGAAACACCAACAACAACAUCGACAGCGGCUAUAACAAUAUCAACAGAAGAAGAAGUAUCAACAUCAACAGAAGCCAUAACAACAACAACAUCGGAAAAACCAACAACAACAUUGACAGAAGCCAUAACAACAACAACACCAUCAGAAACACCAGCAACAACAUCAACAGCGGCCACAACAACAUCGACAGCGGCUAUAACAACAUCAACAGAAGAAGUAUCAACAUCAACAGAAGCCACUACAACAACAACAUCGGAAACACCAACAACAACAUUGACAGAAGCCAUAACAACAACAACAAAAUCAGAAACACCAACAACAACAUCGACAGCGGCUAUAACAACAUCAACAGAACAAACAGUAUCAACAUCGACAGAAGCCACAACGACAUCAGAAACACCAACAACAUCAUUGACGGAAGCCGUACCAACAACAACAACAUCAAAAACACCAACAACAACAUCGACGGCGGCUAUAACAACAUCAACAGAACAAACAGUAUCAGCAUGGACAGAACCCAUAACAACAAUAUCAGAAACACCAACAACAACAUUGAAAGAAGACAUAACAACAACAUCAGAAACACCAACAACAACAUCGACAGAAGCUAUAGCAACAACAUCAUCGACAGCUGCUACAACAUCAACAUCAAUAACACCAACAACAACAUCGACAACAGCUUUAACAACGACAUCAGAAACACCAACAACAACAUUGACAGCGAGACCAUAACAACAACAACAUCAGAAAAACCAACAACAACAUCGACAGCAGCUAUAACAACAUCAACAGAACAAACAGUAUCAACAUCAACUGAAGCCAUAACAACAACAUCAGAAACACCAACAACAAUAUCGACGGAAGCCAUAACAACAACAUCAGAAACACCAACAAUAACAUCGACAGCUGCUACAACAACAACAUCAGAAACCCAUAACAACAACAUCAGAAACACCAACAACAAUAUCGACGGAAGCCAUAACAACAACAUCAGAAACACCAACAAUAACAUCGACAGCUGCUACAACAACAACAUCAGAAACACCAACGACAAUAUCGACGGUAGCCAUGACAACAACAAUAUCAGAAACACCAACAACAACAUCGACAGCUGCUAUAACAUCAUCAUCAGAAACACCAACAACAACAUCGGCAGCAGCUUUAACAACUACAUCAGUACCAACAACAUCAUCGACAGCAGCUACAACACCAACAACAGAACAUACAUUAUCAACAUCAACAGAAGCCAUAAAAACAACAACUUCAGAAACAUCAACAACAACAUCGACAGCGGCUUUAACAACAAAAUCAACGGAACAAACAGUCUCAGCAUCGACAGAAACCAUAACAACAACAUCAGAAACACCAUCAACAACAUCAACAGCAGCUUUAAAAACAACAUCGAUAGCAGCUUCGACAACAACAACAGAACAAACAGUAUCAACAUCGACAGAAGCCAAAAGAAAAACAACAUCAGAAACACCAACAAAAUCAUCGAAAGCAGCUUUGAGAACAACAACAUCAGAACCAACAACAACAACAUCGGAAGCAGCAUUAAUUACAACAAAAACAACAACAACAGAACAAUCAGCCAUUACAAUAACAUCGGAAACACCAAUGACAAUAUCGACAGGAACUUCAACACCAAUAACAGAACAAACAGUAUCAACAUUGAAAGAACCCAUUACAACAACAUCAGAAACACCAACAAAAACAUCAACAGAAGCCAAAACACCAACAACAACAUUGACAGCAGCUUUAACAACAACAUCAGAACCAACAACAUCAACAUUGACAGAAGCCCUAACAUCGACAUCAGAAAUACCAAAAACAACAUCGACAGCAGCUCAUACAACAACAUCAGAACCAACAACAACAUCGACAGCAGCUAUAACAACAUCAAAAACAGAACCAACAGUAUCAACAUUGACAGAAACCAUUACAACAACAACACCAGAAACACCAACAACAAUAUCGACAGAGGCCAGUACAACAAGAAUAGAACCAACAACAACAUCGACAACAGCUAUAACAACAUCAACAGAACAAACAAUAUCAACUUCGACAGCAGCUAUAACAACAACAUCAGAAUCACCACCACCAACAUCGACAGAAACCAUUACAACGACAUCAGAAAUACCAACAACAACAUCGACAGCAUCUUUAACAACAACACUAAAAUCACCACCAACAACAUCGCCAGAGGCUACUGCUUUAACAACAAAAGAACCAACAACAACAUUGAAAGCAGCUAUAAUAACAAUAUCAGAAACACCAACAACAACAUCGACAGUAGCUACAACAGCAACAAUAGUACAAUCAACAUCGACAGAAGCAAUAACAACAACAACAUUAAAAACACCAACAACAACAUCGAUAGCAGCUGUUUCAACAACAUCAGAUCCAACAACAACAACAACAACACCUAUGUCAACAGCAACUUUAACACCAACAACAGAACAUACAGUAUCAACAUCGACAGACGCCAUUACAACACCAUCAGAAACACGAACAACAACAUCGACAGCAGCUUCAAUAUCAACAACAGAGCAAACUAUAUCAACAUCCACAAAAGCCAAUGCAACAUCAGAAACACCAACAACAACAUCAACAAAAGCUUUAACAACAACUUCAGAACCAACAACAUUUACACCAACAUCAAUAGCAUCUUUAACAUCAACUACAGAACAAACAGUAUCAACAUCGACAGAAGCCAUUACAACAACAUCAGAAACACCAACAACAUCGACAGCAGCUUUACCAUCAGAACCAACAACAUUUACACAAAGUUGUGCGGCAAGAAGAGAUAUCUGCAAUCACGAAGACAGGAACAAUGCAGGGAACUCUGCAGACAAUUCGUGUCACUCAAGACCAACCAUAUCAACAUCGAUAAUGACAAGUUCAACAUCAACAGAACCGACUUUAUCAACGUCGACAGAAGCCAUAACAACAACAACAUCAGAAACACCAACAACAUCAACAGCAGCUUUAACACAAACAACACAACAAACAGUACUAACAUCAACAGAAACCAUAUCAACAACAUCAACAAUUACAACAGUACCAGCGGACAGUACAAUAUCAGAAGAACGAGCCUUAGUAACAUCGACAAAAACCAUAAAAACAUCAACAGAACCGGUAACAUCAUCAGAGACCAUUACAACAACAGCAGAAACACUUUUAUCAGCAUCGACAGAAUCAAGUGCAAUAUCGGAAGAACCACCUAUUUCAACAUCGACAGAAGCAAGUACAACAUCAGAAGAAACGAUGAUUCCAACAUCGACAGAGGCUAG